AUGGUAGAUCAAUUCACGAAAUGGGUGGAAUGCAUACCAUUACCCUCACAGAAAGCGGAAAUAACUGCUCGGGCAGCAGUCGACGAGUUUUUCUCUCGAUUUGGGUUCCCUUUACAGUUGUUCUCUGAUCAGGGGCGUAAUUUCGAAAGUAAACUGUUUGAAGCAUUGUGUAAAGCACUUCAUAUCCAUAAGGCAAGAACUACACCUUAUAGGCCUUCUGCAAAUGGACAAGUGGAACGCUUUAACAGGACAUUGAUGGAUGCUGUGAGGUGUUUUUUGGGGAAAUCUCAAAUGAAAUGGGAUCUGCAUGUGCAACAGAUAGCUGGAGCAAUUAGAGCCUCAGUUAACAGGAGUACUGGUUUUACCCCAAAUAUGCUCAUGUUGGGCCGAGAAGUUACUACCCCAGCACAACUCAUGUUUCCAAAUGUGCAUGAUAAACAUGAGGAUUGUGAAACUUACGUGGCAGAUUUGGUUAAAACCAUGAAGGAAGCUCAUGCGUCAGCUAGGUCCACAUUGGAGACUUCUCAGAAACGCAUGAAGCACUAUUAUGAUCUACGGAUCUUACAGCGCCCAUAUUCAGAAGGAGAUGUAAUAUAUCUUUUAGAUACUGCAACUCUGAAGGGCAAGGCUCGUAAGUUGUGUUCACCUUGGAAAGGCCCAGCGGUUAUCGUUAAGAAGUUGUCGGCUUACCUGUAUCAGAUUCUAUCAGCAGAUAUGGCAUCAGCUAAAUCCACUAAAGAUUUUCUGUUGGUAGCUGAAGACUACCUUAGUCGUGGUCAGGUGUAUAGACCGGCAGGAGAGUUUGUCAAGAAACUGGCAUUGUGUCCAAGUUGUUGUGGGGGAAAAAAGGAAGUGGAGCUUUUAUUGGGAGUGGUCAGCCGGAUGGUAGCUCUGGUGAAAUCACAGUCAAACAAGCCUGGGGCGGCACGUAAAGCCUAA